GUCCCUCUCUCUCUAUCUCUCUCUGGCACUUCACUUUCUCUGUGUCCGUUGGAACCAAACAGUUCCUUCUCUCUCUUUCUCUGUCUUUCUCUAUGCUCCUUUCUCUGUCACACACAGAACACCCUUCUCUCAAUUCCUCACUCCAUUUUUUCACUCUCACGGAGUUAGUUAUUUACUCACAAACAAACACUCCCUAAUACCUUCUUCAUCUUCUUCUACUUGUUAUUCAAGUGUAACAUGACCACACUCGUUACUAUCUCACACUACCAUUCAUGAAUCCUACUACCACUCAACCCCCACCGCCUUCGUUGCCACCGCUGUCGCUUCCACCACCGCCGCCUCAGCUCCAGCCUCACCGCCCCUCCACCUCCUGCGACCGCCACCCUCAGGAGAACUUCACCGGCUUCUGCCCUUCAUGCCUCUGCGAGCGCCUCGCCGUGCUCGAUCCCAACUCUUCAUCUUCUUCCGCCGCCGCACGCAAGCCUCCGAGCUCCUCCGCCGCCGCUGCCGCCCUUAAGACCAUCUUCCGCUCCUCCGUCGCCUCGCGCCGCCCUCCUCCAUCCUCCCUCCCGGAGCUCCGCCGCACGAAGUCGUUCUCCGCCUCCAAAAACGAAGCCCUUUCGGGUUUCUUCGAACCGCAGAGAAAAUCCUGCGACGUAAGAGGUCGCAGCACCCUGUUCACCCUCUUCAACCAGGAAGCAGAAGUCGAAACGCGCCACCUCCCCUCCUCCUCCGUGGUUCAGAAACCCGUCCUCGAGUCCGAAGAGGAAGACGACGACGAAGACGACGAAGAAAAAGACAACAUUGUCGUUCACGACGUAACCGACAUUAAAGUUCCCGAAUCUCCUCAACCCCAACCAGCUCACGCGGAAACUAGAGUUUCAGAAAUCGUAGAAGAGGAAUCAGAAACAGUUCCUGAACCCGCAGAAGCUGACGUGGCAGACGAAGAGGCUCUGAAGGCGAUGAAGGACCACAUGGAUCUGGACUCACAAACGAAGAAAACCUCUGGUCGAGACCUUAAGGGAAGUUUCUGGUCCGCGGCUUCGGUCUUCAGCAAGAAGCUUCAGAAGUGGAGGCAGAAGCAGAAGAUGAAGAAGCGUGAGCGGAACGGCGUCGUUGUGGGCUCCGGCACUCUGCUCCCUGUCGAGAAGCCCAUUUCUCGCCAAUUCCGCGAAACGCAGUCGGAGAUCGCCGACUACGGCUUCGGCCGCCGCUCCUGCGACACCGAUCCGCGCUUCUCGCUCGACGCCGCGCGAAUGUCGUUCGAUUUCGAGGAGCCGCGCGCCUCCUGGGACGGUUAUUUAAUGGCUAGGACUGCGCCUACUUUGGCCGUUCCUCCAAGGAUGCCUACGAUGAUCGAAGACGCGCCGGCGCCAGUUCAGACGAGGGAGUAUUAUUCGGACUCUUCCUCGCGGAGGAGGAAGAGUCUUGAUAGGUCUAAUUCAAUUAGAAGGACUGCUGCUGCUGUUGUUGCUGAAAUGGACGAGUUGAAGAGUGUUUCGAAUGCCAGUGCUACUACUAAUGCUAAGGUUACUCCUGCUGCUUCUGCUGAUUAUGUGCACAAUCCCUUGAGGGACUCCAAUUUGAAUUCGAAUUCUUUGAGGGAUGAUGGUUGUGAGAAAGGGGCUUCCAAGAAGUCAUCGAGCCGGUGGAGCAAGGCGUGGAGUAUAUGGGGAUUGAUUCACCGGAGAGGGAGUAAGGAGGAGGAUGGUGGAGGGAAUGGGAAUGGGAAUGGGAAUGGCGUGGAGAGGUCGUACUCAGAGUCAUGGCAGGAGUAUAGAGGUGGGGAGAGAAAUGGGGAUGUUAGAGGUGGUGGUUUUAAUCCGAAGAUGAUGAGGAGUAAUAGCAGUGUGAGUUGGAGGAAUGGGCAGGGUUUAGGUGGUGGAGGGUUUGGAAGUGUGAGUAUGAGGAAGAGUGAUGUGCAGGGGAAUGGGCUUGGCCUUGGGCUUGGUGGUGGUGGUGGUGGUGGUGGUGGUGGUGGAAGGAAGGGGAGGGAUGAGUUUGUUGGGUUGGAGAGGAACCGGAGUGCAAGAUACUCGCCAAACAGCAUCGAUAACAAUGGUCUCCUGAGGCUCUACUUGGGCGGCCGGAGAAACGGGUCCGGGAAAGGAAGGUCGAACCAGGCACAUUCUAUAGCCAGGAGCGUUCUCCGGCUGUAUUGAAAAGUUGAAGGUGGUCUUUGGUUUGAUGCUAUUAGUUAGUUAGUUACAUUUGGUGCAUUUGUUUGUGUAAAACUACACAUGCUGCCUAUGUAUUCUUGAUGGUUGGUUACUGGUUACUGGUUACUGGUUACUUGGUUGGUAUAACAGCACCUGCAGCUGCUGCAGCUGCAUCUUUCUUUUUUACAGUCAAUAUGAUGGUUCUUUCUUCAGUUACUCUUAAUAAUAACAAGAAUUUUAAUUUUUAAACAUA